AAAAAAAUUACGUCAUGACGUUAAGGCUACGGGGCACGUAACGACGUCAGAUGAGCGCCUCUGUAGCACGCUUUGUAGGGACGUUUGGUUGUCUUGACAGUAAUUGCUGUAAACGGAAGGGGCUGAGUGGAGGCGACAGUGAGGGGCGGCAGGCUACAGUGGCUUAAAAAAUGGCAGCUGACAUGUUUAACAAAGCUAUGGAGCAGCAGUUACUGCAGACUGCCAAGCUUAUGGAGGAGCAGUUAGACGCAGAACUGGAAAAGCUGGAAAAGGUGGAUGAAGAUGAAAUGGAACGUCUCAAAGAAAAGCGUCUGGAAGCUUUAAAGAAAGCACAGCAGCAAAAACAAGAAUGGCUAUCCAAAGGGCAUGGAGAAUACAGAGAAAUACCAAGUGAGAAAGAUUUCUUCCAGGAAGUGAAAGAAAGUAAAAAUGUGGUCUGCCAUUUUUACAGAGAUUCUACUUUCAGAUGUAAGAUCAUGGACAAACACUUGGCAUUACUGGCCAAGAAACACAUUGAAACAAAAUUCCUAAAACUGAAUGUGGAGAAAGCUCCCUUUUUAUGUGAACGACUGCGCAUUAAAGUCAUCCCAACGCUCGCACUAGUGAAAGAUGGGAAAACAAGAGAUUACGUCACCGGUUUUACUGAUUUGGGCAAUACAGAUGAGUUUACUACAGAGACCCUGGAAUGGAGGCUUGGCUGUGGCAAUAUUAUUAACUACAGUGGAAAUCUUAUGGAACCUCCUUUUCAGAGUCAGAAGAAACAUGGCUCCCACUUCACAAAGGUGGAAAAGAAAACUAUACGAGGAAAGAAUUAUGAUUCAGACUCUGAUGAUGACUAGAAAAGCAUGAAGGGGGUUUGCACACUUUUUAGUGUGUGUGUGUGUGUGUGUGUGUGUUUUUUUUUUGUUUGUUUUAAUUUUUUUUUAUUAAUGUUUAGAAUGGGAAAUAUACAGUUUUCUAAUAUACAUGUAUUAAAAAAAAAAAUUCUGCUCACAUUCCUUUCUCUUACCAAUGCAGUAACCUGUGUAUCUCUACAGUAGAAUGGUAUAACCCACAGAUAUAGUAAUGCAUCCAUGACCUAACUGGCAGGACUAAAGGUGGCAUCAGUCAUGUGACCUGCCACAUACAGUCUAACAACUUCUUCACUUUGGAGCAUACUUAUAAAGCAGUCAUUCAGGAAGAUUCUUUUUGUUUUGUUGCUCAUAGCAACCAAUCACGGCUCAGCUUUCAUUUCUUAUAUUGUACUUGUAAAAAUGAAAGCUCUUCUUACUGGGGAGACUGUAAAAUAUGCCUCCACACGUGGACAUAUAUAAUGCUGAGAUGCUGCAGUAGGUACUCAUAUUGUUCUGCUCCUCAAUAUAAUUCUACUCUUCAUCUUAGAUAUAUAGUGAGAAAUUGUACCUGUUGUCAAAGAAAAUGUUUAAUGUAGAUAAUACUACUCUAUGUAUAAUUGUAACAUACAUUGGUUAAAAAAUUGUGCAUAUUUUUGGGUGAAAAAAUGCUGUCCCUGCAGCUAUUGCCCGUGUGUCUCUAUGAGGAGUCCAAAUACAGGAAGUGAGGGUAGGACAAGCAGGGCAGCCUCCUGGCUUGUCAGUCAUCCUGAUGUGUGAGCUGGGAGUGUGUCAUAGUGCCUCAGUGCACAUGUGCACAUUGUCCUGCUUUUUUUCCCUUAGUGCACAGAGCCCUGCUUAUCCACCCUCACUUCCUGUAUUUGGAAACCACAGAGACACCCAUGCAACAGCUGCAGGGACAAAAAUAUACACAUUUUGUAACCAAGUAUAUUACAAAUAUACAUAUAAUGGUAUUAUCUACAUUGUAUAAAAAGGUUUUUGUUGACUACAGGUACACUUUAACUGAUAUUAUGGGUGAUAUGGAAUUUGCUACUAUGGACUAAGUUGUGGUUUGUACCAUUUUUGUGUACAUGUAUAUUAGAAAACUGUAUAAUUUCCAAUGCGAUACAUAACAAAGAACAAACAAUGGAAAAGUGAACAAUCCCUUUAAUGUCCCUCUUAGUGGCUGAGCCUAUGAAUGCCAUCUUUGAUCAUCCCCUACUGUGGGAUAUAAUAUUCAUUCUUACAGACGUGGAGACACCAGGGUGCAAGCUAGGUUUUCUGGUGGAAAUGGCUCUUGAUGCCAUUUUGCUUAAAAAAAAAAAAUGCAGGACUUUUCCUAACAAAAGUUUUAUAUUCUCUGCUAUUUAUAUACAGUAAAUAUAAAAAUAAGAUGAAGGGUCCAACAAUAGAUUACAGAAUCUGUAUUUGAAUACACUUACUGAAUGAUUUGUUUCUUGACUUACACUUAAAGGAUUUUGGUGUUUUGAUUUUAUUGUAUUCAUUAUUUCAGCACUUAAUCGCCAAGGAAAUAGUUAAAAUAAAAGUUCUCCUUGUUGUCUUUAUCACUUUAGAUCAGAGUUUUUUAAAACAGUGUGCUGAGUGUAGUAGUUUUGCAAUAGCUGGAGACACACUGUUUUUAAAACACUGCUUUAGAUUCUGUUUGUAAAAAGAUAAUUGAUUUCAUUUGGGUCUGAAGGGGCGCUUUUUAGGCUCCAUGAAAUGAAUUGUUACUUACCUUCUGUAUGAACCUUGGGCCUUACAAUAAGUGAUUUUGCAAUGCAAGCCAUUUUCAUAUCCGUAUCAUAGCUCUUUUUAAAGUACACUAAACAAUAAUAAAGAUCAAACUGAAGAA